AUGCACAAUUUCUUGACCAGCCUUCUCAUGAUGGCUCUAUGUAUUACUCUUGCCAAUCUUCAUGGAGGUGCCGCUGGAGUCAAUACUUCCGAGGUAGCAUUUAAGAGAAAUGAUGCUCCAACACCAGUUGUUGAAGGCGACGCUCAAGGAGCUAGAGAAACUCCCAAACCUAUUCAUGAAGGUGAUCCCCAAGGCGCUGUCUGGGAUGCUGGUGACAGUUAA